AUGGGCUACACAAGUAGGCGCAAAUGGUUAAGCAAACAUUCAAAAUUAAUCCCUGUGAAACAUAAAAGCAUGUCAGCUCAACAUUCAAGAUCGGAGUCAAGGUAUUUUACUCUACCACUUCCAGAUUUUACUGAAAUAGCUGUACGCAGACUAACAUUUCUAAAUACUUUGGGAUAUACUAAUGAUUCGGUAAUAACCGAAUUAGUUGCAAAAAUGAAAAAAGUCCCUUGCGGAGAUCGGGUAAAGGAGCAGAGAGGAGGAAGUUAUGGGCCAGAAGUUAACCGAGCUAUAAUUAGAAAUCACAUUGAAUCGCUUAAUCCUUGCGUGAACCAUUAG